AUGCUACCCAAGUGGCUCAGAACAACUUCCUCCGUUCUUCUGCGCAUCUCUAGGGGGCGAGCGGCGGGGAAAUGCGCCGUCCAGCGGAGGGCCGUCUCGUCGGAUCCAGCCGACUAUUUCCACUACACCCGCGUCGUUUUCGGUACCCUCUCGCCUAGUUUCGUGGCUCAAUCACUCCGACACCAGGAGCCUGCAAAGCCCAUCGACCUCGAGAAGGCCAUGCGACAGCACGAAAACUACAUGACGCAGGUGAAAAACCUGAUUCCGCACGCGGUGCAGAUUGCGGCAGACGACGCCUUGCCCGAUUUGGUGUACGUGGAGGACCCGGCCGUUGUGCUGGACGGCAAAGCGCUCAUCACGAGGAUGGGCCAGGCGUCGCGUGAAGGAGAGAUCAAGCACGUGCGCCCCGUGCUCGCAGAAAUGGGGUUUCAAAUCUACGAGGUUGAUGAUCCUGAGGCUAUUGUCGACGGAGGGGAUGUCAUAUUUACUGGACGCGAGUUUCUCGUAGGGCUCUCCAAGAGGACUAAUAAGGCAAGUCGGCUGACGUACAUACUGUGA